CAGCGGCUCCAGUUCAUUGGGGCUCUGUGUUUAGAAGCAGAGGAGCCGUUGGUGACAGCCGGUGUCGUACUCUUCUGUUGUGCUCCGGAGACGCUGACCAUGGAUUCCAGUGCUGAGCAGGAGACACGGCUGUGCGGAAACUGUAAACAUGACAUUCCUGUGGUUAACUUCACCAUCCAUGAGAUUCACUGCAGACGCAAUAUCAUCAUAUGUAAGCUGUGCAAAGAGCCGAUCCCCAGAAGUGAGAUGGAGGAUCACCAUGCCAGUGAGCAUGCCCUGGUGACUUGCAAAUGCAACAUGACCAUGGAGAAGUGUGCACUGGAGGAACAUGAGAAAUCCUCUUGUCCUUUGCGUCUGGUUAAAUGCCAGUUUUGUGAGCUGGAAGUGACCUUUAAUACACUAGAAAAUCAUGAAGAUUAUUGUGGCGCUCGGACUGAGCAGUGUAAGAAUUGUGGCUCCAGUGUAAUGAUUAAGGACCUCACGGAGCACCCGGCUGUGUGUGGCAAAGUGAAAGCGCAAAAGAAACCAGCGAGAGUCCACAGUUGGGAGGACAGCAGAGAUUAUGCGUCUGUGAACAGAAGCGCCUUAGUGAAUAACCUUCUUUCUCAGGUGCCAAGUCACGUACCCAAGAGAUUUUAUAGAAACUCCAUUUUAACCCAAUUAGAUGACCUAAACCAAUACACGAGGAGAGAACAAGAGAGAGAUCGGACUCCUCAGGAUCUGGACAUAGACAGUCCACUGGAUUUUUUCGAUCACCUUUCGGAGGAAAAGCCUAAACCAUUCCGCAAUUAUGAUCAUUCCCAUCUUCAACGGCGUCAGAACAAAACUCGAUCAAGUCCUGAGUCUGAUGAUAACUUGGACUUCUGGCGUGACUACUACUGCAAAGAUAAUAAAAUGAAGACGAAUGUCGAGGGACGAAGCAACCUUAACUAUUUCUCCACCAGUGAAUCUGCGCACUUAAAUUCACCCAGCACACUCACUGCCGAUGCCAUCCAGCUGCCCUGCGAGUUCUGCGAAGAGCUCUUUCCUGAACAUGAUCUUAUCUUACACCAGUCUGGUUGCAGGCCCAGUGUCACUUCCUCGGUUAGAAGACGUUCCCCUAGUCCCCCGCUGGACUUCAUUGAACAUCUUAGAUCAUCUUCACCUCCUGCUCACAGUCCUCAGAGUGUCAUCAUUCCGUGUGAAUUCUGUGGUGUCCUGAUGGAAGGGGAUAUCCUGUUCCAUCAUCAGGAUCAAUGUGACAUGGGACCAAACUCUGAGAAAACAUCCCACUUUUCAGCACCAUCAUUUGCUGAUAAUGUCUCCCCCGAGGUCGCCUCUGAAGAUGAGUACAGAAGUUACAUGGUUCCCACACCCUCCCAGACACUCAGUCACAGAGCAGCAUCAGGGAGUGAAGCCACAGUCUCUUUCAGGAACCAGACAAGAAGGAAUGCAGGUAACGCAACUAGAGCUCAUGGCAGAAUUGACAAUCUAUAUCGUCCGAUGAAUAACACUCGUCAGUCCAGUCUUGAAGAAAUGAGAAAAGGGAACAUGGAAGAGAAUGCCAGAAUGGCCAGAAGCCAAUCCGAGGAUUUCUUUGGUCAUACACAGGGAGCAUCAAGCAGGAACACCAGCACCAGAGGCAAGCCGAAAAAGAAGAUAAACUCAAGGUCUGACGAAGUGGAUAAGGAGGAGUAACGUCUCUAUAUGUUUUUCAAUUCUUUUGUAUUAUAUCUUCUAUUACACCUCUGUAAAGGAGAGUCUAUAAAACUGCUCAAGAAGUUGCGGGCACACUCCUUUAUAGGGCUAGUCCCGUCUGAACACUGUUUUCUUUAUGUAUAUGAUAGGGGAGAUAUGUAUGUUGUCUGUUUCUUUGUAUAUAUCUUUUGUAUGGGGCUUAUUAAUUUUUAAUAAUGGGAUUGUAUGAUUUGAGCAGGUUACAUUUAUUCACCUGAACAGUGAGAUUUUGCUUAACCUGCUGUUCUAAUUCAGGUCUAGAGCAGAGAUUUCUGGGACUGUUGCUAUAUUCAUGGCACCUCCUGUACUGCCGCUCUCUAAGAGAUCAGUGUUUUAUCAGUGUGCAUUAACUUAAUUUGCUGGAAUGCUGAAACUUCAUGCAAAAAAAGAUAUAAAGUGAUAUUUUCAUUUAAUAAGCAAAAUAUUCAAAGCAAUAAAAGACUAACCAUGUAUUCAGCCAGAGGGGUUGCAUUUUUAAAGAGUAUCGGUCAGUAUGGUCAAACCUAUUAAACCAGCUAUACUGUCUAGUAGGAUUGAUCACUUUGAUUAAAACAAUAUCUUCUUUAGGUCUCUAGGUUGAACAAUUGUCGAGAAAUCUCCAUUUGUAUAAUUAUGCAAAUCGGCCAGGUAGAGCCCUGAGGGGCUGGCCAGAGCCCUCCGAGCACCAGUUAGUUGACACCCUUCAGUUAUUGCCAAUCUUCCCUUCCCCGGGAUGGACAGGACUAGACCUCUUGUCUUCUCCCGGCCUGCGCUGUGUCUUGAUGUGACCUGGAAGUGGAGGCAAUUUGCAUGAUGAUAAAAACUGAGAUUUUUCAACAACAAUGCAACCUAGAGACAUAAGGAAGGUAUCGUUUUAAUCCGCAUAAUCAACCCUAGCAAGCAGUAUGUACAUAGUUUUAAUAGUGUUGAGCAUACUGAUAGAUGCACUUUAGAGGACCCAUCGCCACAUAAUGGAAUGCAAUGUGAAGGCUCCAUGUAAUAGAGCAGGAGAAGCCGAGCAGAUUGAUAUAUAUUUUUGUGGGAAAAGACCACCCUCCGAGGUGUUAUCAGUGAUUGAUAGCAUUCUCUGUAAUAUACAUAGAUAGUUGUCAGUCAUUGAUAACACCUCCUCCGUGUACUGAGAGCUGUUCAUAGGGUUGUUGUUAAUGGCUUAUUCAGACGAUCGUAAGAAUGAGUCCGCAUUUAUCCAUUCUGCAAUUUUGCGGAACGGUUGCGGACCCAUUCAUUUCAAUAGGGCCGCAAAAGAUGCGGACAGCACACCAUGUUCUGUCCGCAUCAGUUAUUCCAUUCCGCAGCCCAGCAAAAAAGAUAGAAAAUGCCUUGGGAUUGCUCUAUCAUAGUGUCGGCCAUGUGUGGUCUGCAAAUUGCGGAACGCACAUGGGCCGGUAUCCGUGUUUUGUAGAUCCGCAAUUUGUGUACUGCAAAACAGAACAGUCAUCUGAAUGUAGCCUAAGGCUAAAUGCACACGACCGUAUGUGUUUUGCGGUCCACAAAUUGC